CAAAUACUUAUACCAUUUUUACUCAAUCAUAUAGGAAAGACUGCGCCGCGUCUCAUCCAUGAUGUGCAGCUGUAUGAUCCAGCGCACGACCCAGAUACAGGCCGUAAUCUCCUAUCAGAAACUCCGCCUAUUUACCCAGAAGGCUACAAUGGCCCGCCUGGAUUCAUAUCACCGGAAGCAUGUCGACACCAAUAUGCCUUGAAAGAAGACCAGACCUUCAUGUCAGAGCCAGAACACCGGAGAAGGCCAGGCACAUCGUCCAAGGUCUCAGCCAUAUGCACAAAAUGCCGUUAUCAUCUUCAGAUGGUGGUAAACUACACUAGCAACAUUAGCACAUUUGGUCAGCACCAGGGGAAGCACAUCCAUCAUUUGGUUUACAAAUCAGGACGACAGAAGAAUGGCCUUGCAUUGCCCGAAGAGACUCCCAAAGGGCAGCUUGCGGAGACAUACCAUUACCAAUGUUCAUACGCCUCAUGUUCGGCUAUGGUAUCUUUGCGGAUUCUUUCGCCGAUUCUGAGCCCGGAAUUCAUCCACUUGAUGACCGACAAAGACUUGUUGCGAAAACGAGCCAAAGAGGCUAUGGCAGCGUAUCCUGAGUCCAUGGAAGGCAUGGGUGAUCCGCAGCCGAUCAAUGUAUUGGAUAAUCUGCGUCUGUACAUUACGAACGCCCUCCGAAAUCCACAGCGCAGCAAGCCCAUCUCCUCCGUCAAUAAGAGGUUCAUGCACUCUUUCGGCGUGGAAGGUGUUGCUUGUAAAGAACUACUUGAAUUUUUAGAAUUCGUGUACAAUAAGGUUCGUAACGAUUACACUGUUCUUCCAAAUCGUCCACAAUUCUUCUUGUGUGCCCAGGUUUGUUGUGUCGCUGACGAAUCGACUCAGGAUACUGGAGCAUGGCACCCGCCUAAACCGACUUCCGACCCCGAAAAACCUUACCAUGACACGAUGCACCUCUUUCUCGACGACGUGAUGCAUGAAUUGCUGAUCCUAGUACUUCUUCGACCUGCCUCUGAAAGAAGAGGGUCUCAGAUUCCCGGCCUUCCUCCCUCCGCCAUUCCCGUUCUUUUCUCUGCUCUAGAAGCGCAAGACUAUCCGACAGCUUUGCGUUACGAAGAAUUUGAGCUAGCCCAUGCCCCUUUCUAUGAGGACCUGGGUGUGAUGGAGGAUAUGUCCUCAUUGGCUGUCAUUGAAGCAUACAAUCGACAGAUCUUGGCCGAUCCUGAUAGAACUCCAAUAUACUUGUCUGCUUUAAAGGCUAUCGGUUUUCUGCGCGGUGGUGAAGACCAGCAAACUAUCGACGCAGCUGUUCAGGCGGCUUAUGAACAAGGAAAGUAUGCGGUGGAGGACAUUGUCAACGCGUAUCAAUACUUUAAUCUUCACUUCGAUGAUCCAAACCUCACCGAGGAUAGCAUCAUUGGCAAAUUCUAUGCAUUUCUCAGCUCCACAAAUCAGGAUACCGAAGCGCGUCAGCAAUUGUGGCGGAUUGGCGACUCUAGAGGGAGUGCGCGCAUCAAAGCGGCGUCAGAAGACCGCGUUUCCACUGUCGAACAAGCCAAUGUCUUCUUGGGGGUCGAGGAUAACACCCCGGAUGAUUUUGUCAUGACUAUGUACACUGCAAAGAUCAAUGACAAUCCACUUACACAAGAACUGGCAAAACGCGCUGUGGCACUCAUCGCCGAAUCCCGUAAGUCGGUCGCGUUGAACCAUUUCAUCGAUACCGGAGAGAUGAUUGCUGGUGAAAUGGAUAUUGGGGAUGCUUAUCGCCUACUCCAAAUCCCUGAUCGAACUGCCGACGAUGGGGCAAUCAUAGCCGCAUAUACAAUCUGCGUCGAUGAAAACCCAGGGGAUGCCGAAAGAUACAAUCAGGCUCUCACAAUUAUUGCCAAACAACUGGACAGUCCUACAUUGAGGAAUAUGGCAGGUAUCUCCAACGAGCCUGAUAGAAGCUUGCAAGAUUGGCCCGUCGGACUACAAAACAUCGGCAAUACGUGCUAUCUCAACAGCCUAUUACAGUUCUAUUUCUCUGUUCGGCCUUUCCGUGAGUUGGUAUUGGAUUUUGAACGCUUCCAGAUGGAUCUCAAUGACGAGGAAAACCUCGCAAAGAAACAAGUGGGCUCCCGGAAGGUGACAAAGAAAGAGGUCGAGCGAUCUCAGCGAUUCUUGAAUGAGCUCCGGAUUCUGUUCCGUAGCAUGAUAACUUCAUCCCAACCCUCGGUCACUCCCGGUCAAGAACUUGCUCGGUUGACAUUGAUUAGCCCAAGCAAUGAGGCGGCAAUACGUCGUCGGUCAACGAUCACUGCUACUAGGUCCGAGAUGCUUGGUGACAUCGACGGUGCUCCUGUUUUGGGGCCCCUUGGGCCUCCACAGCCUCUCCUUGGGGGUCGAAUGGAGCCAGUUUCAUCAUCGAGCCAAGCUAAUCCCGCGCCGAUACAAAAGUCGACCGGCAGUGAUCACGGCAGUGAAGCAACAUUGGUCUCGGAUAAUAGCAUGAACGAUGCACCUGGACUCUUUGUUGAGGACAAGGAGAACAAUCCUCCGGACAUAGAUCAGCUGUCGGACCAAGCAGAGGCAGGAUCUGAUCAGGAGAUGAAUAUCGACCCAGACGACGAUGUAUCAGCCAAUCUACCACCGCCCGUCCCCCCUCGCAACAUUUCGCAGGUUGAUCGGGAAAAGCAAUUGAAGGAGGAAGUAGAAAUCGGUGCUCAGCAGGACGUGACAGAAGUCAUCAACAAUGUUCUAUUCCAGAGCCAGUGCGCCAUCAAACCUCGUGGUAUUGGCAGUGACGGUGAACAACUUGACCAAAUCAAAGACUUGUUCUACGGUCAAACUCGCUCUUACAUCUCCACCGAGAAAGGCACACGUUCGAAGGAUGAACGAUGGUGUGACAUCAAGGUUGAUGUUGCUCAUGGAUCUCGAAACAUCUACGAUGCCAUCGAUGGAGCAUUCGACAUUCAAAAGAUUAGUGUCGACAAUUCUGUGGCUGAACAAUUUGCUUCUAUCAGCCAACUUCCGCCCGUUCUCCAGAUCCAGGUGCAACGAGUUCAGUUUGAUCCCGUAAAAAAAUGUUCGUUCAAAUCUACAAACCAUCUCGGGCUGCUUGAAACUAUCUACAUGGAUCGAUACAUGGACACCAAGAAUCCCGAUGUUGUGGAUCGACGAAAUCAAUGUUGGGAGUGGAAGGCAUCUCUGAAAAAGCUUGAGGCCCGCCGAGAAGAGCUUCUUAGGACAAAGGACGGUGCUGGCGUCGACGUGGCAACAUUGUUCCGUAGAGUCAAAACCGCACUGCAAGAUGUGGACUCCAUUGAUAAUGACAUUGACCUGGGAGUCGAAAUGGGAUCCGACGAAAUGAACCCUAUGGCUAGUACGGAAUUAUUGGACGAACUUGAGAGCCUUGCCCAUAAGGCAGAGAACGAAUUACAAGCCAUCGACCAAGAAAUCAAGGAUACGCAGAUUAUGAUUUCCAACCAAUUCGCCGAUUUCCAUAACCUCCCAUAUCAACUGUACGCUGUCUUUGUGCAUCAUGGGUCGGUGUCAUUCGGUCAUUACUACAUCUACAUUUUCGACUUUGACAAGAAGAUAUGGCGCAAAUACAAUGACGAGUACGUCACCGAGGUCCAGAACGUGGAUGAGAUCUUCAAGAGCAACUCGACCAGCAACCCUCCGACCCCGUAUUUCCUUGUCUAUGUCAACGAUAGCAUGAAAGACCGUCUGGUUAACCCGGUCUGCCGUGAGGUAUCCGACAACAUGACCGACAUUCCUGGUCUGGAAUCGGUCACCACCAUGGAGGGUGUUCAGCCCACCAGCCCCGGGACGGACGUUAAUAUGGAACCUCCAAGUUAUGAAGAAGCAUUGGCCAUCAAUGGAACUCCAGGUACGGGAAACACCGAAUCCACGGAUGCGGCGACCACAACAUGGCCCCGUCCUCGUCCUGCGACUGACUCGGAACAAAAUUGGUAG